CAGGAGAAGGACUGGGGAUGUAGGUCCCUGACAGGUCCCUGGGUUCAGUCCCAUAGCACUGGGGAAAAAGAGAAAAAUCAGGUGAACUUAUCAAUAAGGAGUGUAAAAGCAGGUCUCUUGGGUCAGCAGAACCUUAGGGAAAUGGGGUUUGACAACAAGCCACAGAGGCUUGGAUUCUAGAGGAGCAUGUCAGCAAUAGCUUGCUUUCUGUGCCACUACAGGAGGGAGCUGGUUGGGUGGGGUGACCACUAAAUUGGGAGUGACAGUAGGCACAGGACACCCUGCCCAGUUGGGUAUGGCAGGAGCAGGGGGAGGUUCUUUUGCAAAUGCACCCCUCCGGUUGGGAGGUUUGGAGAGGAUGGACAGAAGAGUAUCUCAAGAGAGGACCCAUUAUCCUUGCCCCCAAAAUAGAGGUGGGUGCCUGCUUGGUGCAUCCCAACUGCAGUGUUCCUUUGAGACAGGGAAAUCCCUUUCUUAAGCAUGAGGGAACUUGGGCCAGGAAGAUAUCUGGAAGUGACAGGACUCCCACUCAAGAUGGCUCAGUGGCCAGGAAACGUGCUGGAUCUCUUCCUGCAGUGACACAGUUGGCUAGACAUCCUUGACUAUUCAAGAUACCUUGGUUCUUAACCCAAGGCCUCACUUCACAGCCGCAUCCUGGCCUUGGGGUCCUCAGAGGACACACUGGGCAAAAGGGGUUACACAAGGGCAUCCCUGGCAGAGUAGGUCCUGAUUGAGCAGGCUCUCCUAUCCUUGUCACAGGCACUAACACCAUCAUGGGCAAUGGCUGUGUCUCCCUGGCUGAGCCUGUGCCCUGUUUUUUCACACAUGUCCUGUUCCUCUUUUUGUUCUUUGUGGCCACUGCCUUUGAGAGGGGGUUGAAGUCAAAGAUACAGCAAAGGGGCGGGGGUAGAAGGGCCCAUGAGUAGACAGGCCGACUUCUUUAUAGGGUCUGGACACUGGGAAGCAGGCCUGAGUGAGUCUGAGAGCUCGUGGCGGGGGGUGAGGGGGAGCCAGACCACUGAGCAAGAGAGUGCAUGCUUUCCAUGCUGGAUACCCAUCUCAGUUCGCAACUGACUGUUACCUUUCUGUGCUAGGGGGCGCCCGAGAGCUGAUUAUGCAACAUUCUAAGCCCGCCCUAGGUUUGGUGACGCGCAGGGCCGGCAGGCGCAGGCGUUAGGACGCAUGCGCGAACAUCCUUUGUCCCUGUUACUGCUUCCGGACUCUGGAGAACUGAGGGCAGUCACGGGAAAAAGUCGAUGAAAAGUCGUCGGGGCCUACAGCUUUUGUCUGGCAGACCAGCGGCGGUCAGCCCUUCGGUUUGUCCUUAGCUUCGGCUUGUUCGGAGCGUUGACUGCGCAUAGGGCCCCAGCUGUGACCUGCGGAUGGGCUCGCACCCCAUCGUACAACACAGAUUACGCACGCCGGACGACACUGGCCAUGCGCACAAAGCUGCUGCCACUGGCCGGUCUCUACCUGGUGCAGGGCCUACCUUAUGGGCUGCAGUCUGGCCUGCUGCCUCUCCUGAUGCGGGCCCGUGGUCUCUCCCUCGCGCGCGUGGGGCUGACCAAGGGGCUGUACACACCAUGGUUGUUCAAGCUGGCAUGGGCACCGCUGAUAGACAGGCGGGGCUCCCCGCGGGCCUGGCUGGCACUCAGCACAGCUGCGCUGGGCCUGGUGUGUGCGUUGUUGGCCGCACUGCCUCCUCUCCCAUCUGGCCAGGGGGGGCUACCUGCUGCUAUGGUGGGCCUGCUACUACUACUGAACUUGGGUGCGGCUGUGCAGGAUGUGGCCCUGGACACACUGACUAUGCAAUUCCUGGAGCCAGCCGAGCUGGGACCAGGCAACACUGUGCAGGUGGUCGCCUACAAACUGGGAUCAGCGGUGGCUGGAGGUGGACUUCUGGCCCUCUUUCCUAAUCUCUCUUGGCCACUGCUCUUUCUACUCCUGGCUGCCACCUACUGGCUAGCUGCUGCCCUGGCCUGGGCUGCACCAGACCUGCAACAGCUGCCCUGGUCUCAACCCUCAGAGCACACUCCAUGCCAUCUGCAGGAUUUGCUGGCUGUGCCUGGGACCCUGUGGACAGCAGGCUUUGUGCUCACCUACAAGCUGGGUGAGCAGGGUGCCAGCAGCCUGUUUCCACUCCUCCUGUUGGACCAUGGUGCUUCUGCCUCUGAGCUGGGGCUGUGGAGCGGCUUGGGUACAAUGGUCUGCUCUAUUGCUGGAUCUUCCCUGGGUGGGGCCCUACUGACCAGGCACUGGAAGCUGCUGCCUUUGCUGAGGUUGGUGCUGCAACUUCGCCUUGGGGGCCUGGCCUGCCAAACUGCCUUGCUCUUCUACCUGGACACUUCAGGAGCCAGUUUGGGCCCUAGCACUAUGCUGAGAGUGGCCUUGCUGAGUCUGUGUCUACAGCACUUCCUGGGGGGCCUGGUCACCACCACCACCUUUACUAUGAUGAUGCACUGCAGCCAGCUGGCACCCAGAACCUUACAGGCCACACACUACAGCCUCAUGGCCACGCUGGAGCUGUUGGGCAAGCUGUUGUCGGGUACCCUGGCUGGAGUGCUGGCUGAUAGCUUGGGUCCAAAUCCCUGCUUUGGUGUCUUUCUUGUACUGUCAGCCCUGACCCUUCUGGACCUGGACCUAGCACCUAGCACCUUGGGCUGAGAUGAGCAGCAGGACUGUCAAGUAUGCACAAGGCUAAUGCCUAUUUAGAAUACAUGAGAUGCUGCCCUGGGGCUGACAGUGGCCUCUUCAAAAGAAGAGACCAUAAAACAACUUGAACACA